CACACUUCACACAAGCUGUAAGUGUAAAUGCAAUAUAACUCUGCUAUACAGUGUCUGAAGAAGCACAGCUACGUCUGCCCCACCUAUGAAGCAACAGGAUCCUGUCCUCAAGGAUCCAAAUGCAACCGACACCAUCCUAAGAACCGAAGCAAGGAAAAGAAAAGCAAGCGAUCACGAGAUAACAAUGCUCAAGGGCGAUAUUUUGGUUUGAUGCACACCAGCACUACUGAGCUGAGAAAUCCAGUGCCUGUAAAACCCAAUGUGCUAGAUAAUGAUGCUAUUUCUUUCAAAGGAAGCAUUGCUGAUUAUAUCAGCCUUGAUGUUAUUGAUGAAGUGGUAGAAAAUACCAUUCCAGCAGAUGAGCACACAGCACUUGGUGAUAGUGAUCCUUUGGAAUUGCAGUUAGGUGAUCUUGAUGAGCUAAUUAAACCUGUCCGUAUAAUGAACAUCUGACGCUAAGAUCACUGGUAGGUCAAAUGUGAAGCACCGAGUUUGUGCCAUUUAUGAAGUCAAUUGUACGUAAGGUAGAUCAGGUUUUAGCAUAUUCUGAUUCCUUCAUUGAGCAAUAGAAUGGUCGAUGAAAGUAGGGAAAUGAUUUUGAUGAGGUUACACUGAUUUUGAUGAGCUUCUAACCUUCUGUGCCUGUGCAUGGGGUGUUUGUUAGUUUUCUAUUCGGAACAGGAAUAGCAAUGGCAAAUCCUUCUGUUUUCUCAUCUUUUUAAUUUCUUUUUUCGAUUUAUAGUUUAUUUAGUUAUAGGAAUGCAUUUUGUGGCUUCCGUUGUGCACAUAAUACAGUGUAAUGAUUCAUUAAUGAAAUGAUGCUGCCAAGCUUUUGAACUA